GCUACACAGUGAGCACACUGAGAGACGACCUAAAUUGGCCCCGCGCGCUCGUUGGCACGGUGCUCAUCUCCCUCAUCCUGUCGGCCCGUCGGCCCACCGGCCACCGAGAACGAACCAGACAAUGCCGCGGCACCUGCUGCAGCAGUCCGUCGACCGCCUGGCCGCGAUGGCCGCGCCGCCGGCGGCCGCCAUGGCCGGCGGGGCGACGAGCGCGCACACGGACACGGUCCUCAUCGUGAUCGCGGUGCUCUGCUUCCUGCUGUGCGUGGUCGGGCUGGCCAUGGUCGCGCGCUGCUCCCUGCUCUGCAACCCCUCCGCCUUCUCCGUCGACGGGCUGGCGGCCAAGGCGCCGUGCGGUGGCCUCGAGAAGAAGGCGCUGGAGUCGCUGCCGACCGUGUCGUGGAGGCCGGAACAGAGGGAGGUGGACGAGGAGGAGGGGGAGCGGCCGGAGUGCGCCAUCUGCCUGGCGGAGUUCGCGCGCGGCGACGAGGUGCGCGUGCUCCCGCACUGCGGCCACGGCUUCCAUGCCGCCUGCGUCGACGUGUGGCUCCUCUCCAGCUCCACCUGCCCGUCCUGCCGCCGCGCCCUCGUCGUCGUGUCGCCGGCGCCGCCAACCACCCAUCCUCCCGCGGGUGCGACGACGUGCUGUGGCGUGGCAGGCCGCUGCCGGCCGUCGGCAUCGUAGGCGACCGACCGGCCGUCUACAUACAUAUCCUGGCCUGUUCACGCAGCUGCUGCAGAGUACAGAUUAUGUUCAUACGUAGUCGCUCACGUACGUACAUACGCGCCAUUUGAUUAGUUGUUUACAUACAUUUCCCAUGUGUUGUGUCAUCCGAACAUAUCAGUAUACCGUACACUUGUAUACGCGUACGUGCAACUGGAUGGUGUGCAUGCGAUGGGUCGAUGAUGCACCACUUACAUGUGUCUGUAAAAGCUUUUUUCCUCAUUAAAACCUGUGGAUACAUGCAUCUAGAUCUGGCCCUCUAAGAGCAUCCACGGCUGGACUUGGCAAAUCCGGCCCCUCAAACGACCGCAGACGCGUCCGGGACGCAUCCGCGGGCACUGGCUGUGUACCCCUCAAAUGUUGCGUCACACAUCCACAUCCCAUUGUUAGAGUCUGGAACAAAAUGAAGGCUCCUCAGACCAUUGGAUUUUGGACCGUCCGAUUGCGUGUCCAAUUGUUAGAGUCUGGAACAAAAUGAAGGCUCCUCAGGCCAUUGGAUUCUGGACCGUCCGAUUGCGUGUCCAAACGAGAUCUGGCCGUUGGAUCGCGAGAUGGAUCGAUCCGGACCGUCGGAUCGCGAGAUGAUCGAUUCGGACCGUCGGAUCGAUAGAAACACUGCUACAACACUCCAGUUCAUGCCGCCGCCUGUAAUUUCCCUGCCCCACCGAGGGCAUUCUCGUCUUUUCACA